CUUUACACUACACUCCAUGCAGUUCAAGCUUUCCAUGUCAAAUCUUACACUUAUUCCUUCGGUGUGAAAAAGUAACACUCAUGCGACCAUGCAGUCGCUUCCGCUGAUACCACCAAGGGCGGACGGCAGUCUAUGGCCUGGAAGUAGAGCAAGCCACAUUUACCUUGACAUCCCGUCCAACGACACCUACAACUCGACUGCCAAUAACACCGGCGCGCGCAACCCAAAUUCACAACAUGGAAACCAGAACCCAAACAGUGCGUUUAUGGCUGCCCUUAUAGCCGACGAAAACAACAUACGCCAGCGGAAACAAAAUAUACGGAAAUUUGGCGCAGGAUGGCUCCGACCGCCUGGUGUUGCGAAAACCUAUCAGGCGAAGAUGGAUGAGGACUACGAACGGGAGGAGCAGGAGAUGCUAGCCCGGCGCGAACAAGUCCUUCUCGAUCUUGCCGCGGCACAGACAGACGCAGCAAACCAAGAAGAGGCCGCACAAGGCGAUGACGAAAUGAUGGAAGGCGAGAGAGAUCUCGACGACGAGGUGCCAGAAGCUGAGGCGGACGAUAGCGACGUCUCGUCCACCGAGGAAGAAGCAAGCGAUGUCGAGGAAGAUGACACAAGCGCUCUAGGACCACAGGCUGGUGAUGUCACAUUCAACGAAGACAGUUUCAUCGAGGGAAGCAUGAUGCAGGCUGAAGUCGAGCACAUGCUCGAGCGCGAAGAGGCUGAAAUGGCAGGCGUUCUCCAGGAUGAGAGAGAUCUUGAUGACGACAUCCCCGAGGCAGGAAGCUACGAGCAUACAGAUACAGACCUAGAUUCCAGCGACGAGGAUCUAGAGUCCAGCCGUAUUUCCGUCCGCAGCAUUCGAAGCAGGAGGUCGGCCAGAAGAAGUUCUGGUGUGAGAAGCUCGGCAGCGAGGGUCACUCGAUCUCAAAGGAACAGCGCAGUCAUGGCAGUCAACAACCGAGGCAGCUUUGGCAUGGACGGAAGCAGUUCCAUCAUGGAUGGUAGUUCAUUUCUUCGCAGCUCUCCCGCCGCAGGAAGAGGCAAUCUGAGAUCGAGGUUCAUGGGAGCUCGCUAGAAGUCGUAGCGGUCAACAACUGACGAUACCAAUGGAGUAGUUGUAUUUUGGAAGGGUGGGAGUUCAUUGUUUUCGCAGCUACCUCGCUGCCCCAAAAGGUGACCUACGAUCGACCCUCCUGGGAGCUCGCGCCUAAAGCGGGUGCUUGCGCACUCACUGGUUGUCACAUAUGUCACGGCGUUACUGCUCCAGGUGAAAGGAAACCUGGAGCCCGUCUGGAUUACGGAAUUAUACCCCUAACGAACAAAAACCCUUAAUGAUAGUAUGUAAUACGAAUCAAAUGAUUCGAU